GAAAAAAGAACAAUAACAACAGAGAAUUUCUCAAUACAAAACUCUAUAUAUAUUUCCGACUUCACAACGCUUUCGGACGCGAAAACGGACAGUUUGUUUUUAGCUACUUACAGCAAAUAAAACGGCCACCGUGGCACACGACGUUUACCUUCCUCUCCCUUCCUGUUUGGUGUUGCUUCGUUAAAAGACCGCUAUCUCUGCUUGUGUUGUUUCUUUCGGUUAAGAAAGCAAAAUAAAUCAAGGAAAGAAGGAUAAACACUGGUAGCAGUGCAACACAUAUUGUUAUUUUUUUUUCUGAUAGGUUUUUCCGUUUUGUAUUCUGUUUUUCUAUAUCAACAUAUACAUACACGUAGCGGUACAGCCUGUGAUUCGGUGAGUUUAGUGGAAUCUCGCACACCUCCUUCAUCACCUUGAUCCUUUUUUUAUUGGUUGGCUGGUUGGCUUUGUUUACGUUGUUGGUCCUCUGUAUUACUCCCCUCAUCUUUCUGAUUUGCCGGUUGCAAAACAAAAACAGCGUUUUCCGUGUACGCCAGCGGCAACGGCAUCUCGCUGCCCUGCGCGUGCAUUAGUAUUAUUUAGAAGGGAAAACGAGCUGCUCGGUUUUGUUGAACGAUUUGCCUCUUUCACAUUUCUGUUUUCCUUUCGUUUUUCCUUUUCCAUAUAAAAACUAACCUAACUAACUUUGCGUGUUCUCCUCUUCUGUUGACCGCACGACGAUCCAUUAUAUCCGUUGACAAACUGCACAAAGACGAAAACAAAAACGCCUCCGCACACACACUAUUUCUUUCUUACUAUUCUUUUACGGCACGAUAAUGCACGGCGGUGGCCACAACGCCGGCGCUCCGCGCACCAUGCAGCGGACGAAGGAAAAGCUGCCGUCCCAAAAGAUGCUCAACGAGGCGCUUGCAGCAGAGGCUACGACGCUGCCGCCUGUCCCUCCGGAGUCGCCGAAGGAAGAAAUGGUGGACGACUACGAGGAGCACCACCACACCAAGGCAACGAUGGCGGAGCGACGAGCGGAACGGGCGGAGCGGACGGCCGAUGCCGACAAGCAGCACCAGCGCGGUCGCGACAGCAACUCCGACGACGACGACGACGAUGCGAGGAGUGACAACACUGCACGCACCGAAUUCCACUACACCCAUCCCAAGCCGCGUGUGUUGACCGGGGCGCUGUUCAUGUGGGAGCACGUCGCCUCCUUUAGCGAGCCGGUGCAGGUGGCACAGGUGGAGCGGGUGAGCCGUGACGUGGCGGCGCAUCUGAAGGAGUCGAACAAGGGCCCACGGCUUAUGCAGCGAUACUGGAACGCGCAGUGGUGCCGCAUGGUGCGGAAGGAGGAAGAUGUACCGGUAGAGAAGCGGUAUCUGCCGCCGAACAUGCUCACCCGCAGCGAGGGCAAGCGACGGUGGAAGAAGGUGUUUGUGGAGGAGUAUCCCUUCUUUCUCGACCGCACCUACCAGCGUCACGGCGUGCGCAACAACGACGUGAACGAGGCGAAGGUGCUUUUCCACGUCGAGGCGCUCAAUCCGAACCGGACGGCGGCCGAGCUGCGCAAGAUGGAGCUGACUGUGGAGGAGGCGCGUGCGAAGGAGCAGCGGAAGCGCGGCGUGGAGGUGGAGUUCGAGCACGUCGAAGAAAACGGUGCGGGUGCGUCCGGUGAGGGUGGCGCGGGCGCGGGAGGGUGCGGGGGAGUGGUGCGGCCCGGCCUCGACGACACGAGGCGCGAUCACGCCGCGCGCGAAAAGGGCCGGCCGCGGGCGGUGCAGAAGGACUCGUACUCGCGCGCGGAUUACAAGGAGGACUUCCGCACGGGUGCGCGCAAAGGCAAGCACCAGAAGGGUGGCACGAAUCGUUGGGACAACUUCGACUCGUAUGGCGACUACGAUUACUGA